UGGAUCGUAGACCACUGCGCCAAAGACCAUGAAUGCACUCAGUGCUGUUCUUCUGCUAGCCAUUGGACUGACUUUGGCUGAGGCUUCUCCUGAUCAUAGAGCUGUAUGGCAGCUGAGAGAGAUGAUUCUCUGCUCUGUGCCGGACAGCAGGCCAAUUCUGGACUAUGCUGACUACGGCUGCUAUUGUGGUUUGGGUGGAUCUGGUACACCUGCGGAUGAGUUGGAUAGAUGCUGUGAAGUGCAUGACAAAUGCUACAGAGAGGUCAAACAGCAAGACAAAUGUGUGCCCAUAGUGGACAACCCAUACACCAUGUCCUAUUUGUUCAGCUGUGACAAAUCAUCCCAGAAAAUCACUUGCAGCAGUGACAACAACGAGUGUGCAAUGUUCAUCUGUGACUGUGACAAGAAGGCAGCUGAAUGCUUUGCAGAAGCUCCCUACAAUGAAGAGAAUGCUCGCCUUCCCAGUGACCGCUGCAAAUAAAGUUUUGUUUCAAUCAUUUAUCCUCAA